CUUCUUUUCAAUGCGGAGCGGCUGAAUGGUGCCACACACACACUACACUGACCAUUCAUUGUGGCACCAGUAACACUCUAGGGACCGGCCAAAGGACACCAUGGGGAUUAAAUUUUUAGAAGUCAUUAAGCCGUUCUGUGCAGUCCUGCCUGAGAUUCAGAAACCAGAAAGAAAGAUUCAAUUUAGAGAAAAGGUGCUAUGGACUGCCAUCACACUGUUCAUCUUUCUUGUGUGCUGCCAGAUUCCAUUGUUUGGCAUCAUGUCAUCAGAUUCAGCAGAUCCCUUCUACUGGAUGAGAGUAAUCCUGGCUUCCAACAGAGGUACUCUGAUGGAGCUUGGUAUCUCACCCAUUGUCACCUCAGGCCUCAUCAUGCAGCUGCUGGCUGGAGCUAAAAUCAUUGAGGUGGGAGACACUCCAAAAGACAGAGCCCUCUUCAAUGGAGCCCAGAAAUUGUUUGGAAUGAUCAUCACGAUUGGACAGGCUAUCGUUUAUGUUAUGACUGGCAUGUAUGGAGACCCAUCAGAGAUGGGUGCUGGAAUUUGCUUGCUCAUUAUCAUCCAGCUCUUUGUAGCAGGUCUGAUAGUCUUGCUGCUGGAUGAACUGCUCCAGAAGGGUUAUGGUCUAGGUUCUGGUAUUUCCCUCUUCAUUGCUACCAACAUCUGUGAGACCAUUGUCUGGAAGGCCUUCAGCCCGACCACUGUAAACACUGGUAGAGGUACUGAGUUUGAGGGAGCCAUCAUCGCUCUAUUCCACUUGCUGGCCACCCGCACAGAUAAGGUGCGCGCCCUGAGAGAGGCUUUCUACAGACAGAACCUGCCUAACCUCAUGAACCUCAUUGCCACAGUCUUCGUCUUUGCUGUGGUCAUAUACUUCCAGGGAUUCAGGGUGGACCUUCCCAUCAAGUCGGCACGCUACCGUGGUCAGUACAACACCUACCCCAUCAAGCUGUUCUACACCUCCAACAUCCCCAUCAUCCUGCAGUCUGCUCUGGUCUCGAAUCUCUAUGUCAUCUCUCAGAUGCUGUCUACACGCUUCAGCGGAAAUUUCUUGGUCAACCUCUUGGGAACCUGGUCUGACACCUCUAGUGGUGGACCAGCUCGUGCCUACCCAGUGGGUGGUCUCUGCUACUACCUCUCUCCCCCGGAAUCAUUUGGUUCUGUUCUGGAUGACCCAGUUCAUGCCCUCAUUUACAUUGUCUUCAUGCUGGGCUCAUGCGCCUUCUUCUCCAAGACCUGGAUUGAGGUCUCAGGAUCCUCUGCCAAAGAUGUGGCCAAGCAGCUGAAAGAGCAGCAGAUGGUUAUGAGGGGACACAGAGAGACGUCUAUGGUGCAUGAGCUUAACAGGUACAUCCCCACCGCUGCUGCCUUUGGUGGCCUGUGUAUAGGAGGGCUGUCUGUCAUGGCUGACUUCCUGGGUGCCAUUGGUUCUGGUACAGGAAUCCUCUUGGCUGUGACCAUUAUCUACCAGUACUUUGAGAUCUUUGUCAAAGAGCAGAGCGAAGUUGGCAGCAUGGGAGCACUGCUCUUCUAAAACCGCCCAUCUUCCAACACGCACCAGACACACAGCAUCCACUCUUUACAAAUUUUGUUUUGUUUUGCAUUUAUGUAAUGCGCAUAAUCAAUACAUUCUGUAACUGGGAUGUGUCCUUUUUCAUGCCACCAUUGUUCUCCACAGUAUCCUUUUAGGGUAUUAAUGCAUCCAAAGGUCUUCCUGGGGAAAGACGGUUUGGCAUUUUGUCCCAGGAUACAGCAAAGUAUUGCAUUUCCUCUUUGUUUUCAGCAACAAUUAACAGUUUCUCUUCAGACUGUACAAGUCUCCACUUACCAUUUUAUUUGUUGAAGAAUGCCUGAAAGCACAUAUGUGUUAGGGUCUGUCACUGACUUACCUCAGGCGUUUUUCACUGCAGCUUGUUCAAGGAACAUGAAGACCGUGACACCAUGUGAAUUAGUGCUCAUCCACAGCAAAGCACUGUGCCAGGACAUUUUGGAAGAGAUAAAACAAAAAGCCAUGUCGCGCUCAUUUCAGGUCACUGCAGACUGUGCUUGAGUUUCUUUUUAGUGGCUGUAUAUAAGGAUGUAAAAAGUAUAACAAAUAUACUUGUAUUCCUUAAUAUGGCCUCGUGAAAUCUCCAGACACGCUCUUGACAAUUUUGAUUGACCUUUCUAUUUUUAUUUUUUUAUUUUGUUUUAAAUCAUAGACUAUGUUUUUAUGCAAACUGGUCUUUCUAUGGGCACAGUGGUUUGCCCUCUGUCUCUUGGUCCUAAAGGGAAGUGUUUGUCUGUGUUGUCAUGCUCUUUUAUUCCCAGACUGAAUCGCUGCACAAAACUGCCGAGACAUGGUUGGAUGAGGGUGGGUUUGGGAGGGUUGAGAA